AUGUGGACGACAUUUACUCUCAGCUCCCUUAUACUUUCUUUACCUCUGGUUUCUUCUACUACAGAAUGGUGGGGAGAUCUACGAGCUCAUCUCAAUCCUGCUCGAUCACCACCUUUUUACGAUGUCAGUUACGACGAAGCAGACUGCCCGCAAGGUCUGCGAUCUGAUGCGAUUCCCGAUUAUGUUUACUUCGGGACGAUGAUGGCAACCAUGAGUGUCGACGUAUACGAGCAAUGUCUUCAGAAGUGCGCUGAGAAGCCGCGCUGCAAAGCCGUCAACUAUUUCCAUCCUUUUGCCUACCAGAAGAAGGGUUUUUGCGAACUUCUCUCUGAAACCCAACGUGAUAAUCCACGACUGAUGCGCCCUUUCCAAAUGGCCACGUACUUCGAGCAUAUCAAAUGCAAAGAAGUAGAAGACACCGUCGAUGAUCUUGUCGACAUUGUACACAAACCACCGCCUCCGCGUAACAGGAAGUUGGAGAUGAAAGGACUUAUUAAGAAGCUUUCUAAUAAGGUGCACGAGUUCAACUCAGGUUUCCGUGUCGCUCGUUAG